UAAAAUGUGCUUUUCUUUCAUUUGAUUGUCCCAAGUUUAGACGGAUGAAACGCUAUGAUGUCUUUCUGGAGCUGCUCUCACUGUAAAGCUGGCAGAAGAGCCCUGAAGUGGCUUCUGGGAAAUGUAGUGCAUCAGAGAGCCAUCCACAAACCCUCUCCAGCUCUCGGGAGAAUCGCUCCUGUUUUCUCCAGAGUGUCUGCGUAUGGAGACAAUGUGGCCAUUAUGGAUCACAGCGGGAGCCACACCUACAGCUCCCUCUACAAAAACAGCAAAAGCCUGGCGGGACUCAUUACCAAAGCUCUCGCCUGUCAAUCAGGAGACCUGAAGGGCGAGCGAAUCUCAUUUCUGUGUGCCAACGACGCAUCUUACACCGUGGCUCAGUGGGCGUCAUGGAUGUGUGGUGGCAUAUCAGUUCCCCUAUACAGAAAACAUCCUCUAAAUGAGCUGGAAUAUGUCAUUUUAGACUCCCAAAGCUCGCUGUUGGUCGCCGGAGAACCUUUUAUUGAUACCCUCGAGCCCUUGGCCCAGAAACUAGGGCUGCCCUGCCUACAGAUUCCCACCACUUUAGAUGCUCUUCAGUUUGAGGACACACAGAUGUUGCCCGAGGACGUCUCGGAUUGGGCUGAGAGACCAGCGAUGCUCAUCUACACCAGCGGCACCACGGGACGACCCAAAGGAGCGCUGCACACACACGGCAGUCUGCAGGCCAUGGUGCAGGGUUUGGUGUCCGAGUGGGCCUGGAGUCGAGAUGAUGUGAUCCUGCACACACUGCCCCUCCACCAUGUGCACGGCAUCGUGAAUAAGCUGAUGUGCCCGCUCUGGGUGGGAGCGACCUGUGUCAUGCUGCCAGAGUUCAGCGCUCAGAAGGUUUGGGAGCAGUUGAUCAGUUCGAAAUCUCCUAUGGUGAACGUGUUCAUGGCAGUUCCCACCAUCUACUCUAAACUCAUUGAAUAUUACGACCAACAUUUUACUCAACCACAAGUCCAAGACUUCAUCAGGGCUGUGUGCAAAGAGAGAAUACGGUUGAUGGUGUCUGGUUCUGCUGCUCUUCCUCAGCCGGUUCUGGAGCGCUGGGCCGAGAUCACAGGUCAUGUUCUGCUGGAGCGCUACGGCAUGACGGAGAUCGGCAUGGCACUAUCAAACCCACUGAAAGGACCACGUGUACCCGGAGCUGUUGGAGUUCCUCUGCCAGGAGUGGAAGUGCGUAUCAUGAUGACGAACUCCAGCACUGUGAUCGCGGAGGGCAACAGAAAGGGAACCCAGGUGAAGGCUGGUUUGGAGGGGAAGGAGGGCGAACUGCUGGUUCGAGGUUCUUCUGUCUUUCAGAAGUACUGGAAUAAACCUCAGGAGACGGCAGACACUUUCACUGAGGACGGGUGGUUCAAGACCGGUGACACUGCGCUCUACAGAGACGGCGUGUACUGGAUCAUGGGCCGCACUUCAGUGGACAUCAUCAAGAGCGGAGGAUACAAGAUCAGUGCACUAGACGUGGAGAGACAUCUGCUAGCCCACCCAGAUAUCACAGAUGUGGCUGUGAUUGGUGCUCCAGACGCCGUGUGGGGUCAGAAGGUCACCGCAGUUGUGGAGCUGAGGAACGGGAAGACCAUGAGUCUGUCGAUGCUGAAGGCCUGGGCCAGGCUUAUCAGAUGUGCAGGAGAUCUGGAGGAAGAUGCUGGUGUCAGCACAAGUCUCUUAUUCCCGCUCUGUAAUGGGGCACAUUCAUUAUCGACCAGUUGCCCUGCUCAACAACCUGCACUGGUGAAGUCGAGUGAUCUGAACCCAUGGAGACUCAGGAGCGCUGGUCCACUGGUCAGGGUGAAGAGAGACUGGGUCAUCCCACCCAUCCGAGUCUCAGAAAACAGCAAACAGCUCCCUGAAGAUCUGGUCCAGAUUAAAUCCGACAAGGUUUUCACCGGAGAGGUGAUAUACAAGCUGGAGGGACCCGGCGUUGACCAGGACCCCAAAGGCCUCUUCGAAAUUGAUGAUAAAACAGGAUGGAUCAAGAGCAAAGUGCCACUGGACAGGGAAAAACACAAGAGUUUUAAGCUCAAAGCCUUUGCUCUCUCACCAAGCGGAGAGCGACUGGAAAGUCCCACAACCAUUGAGAUCUACGUUCUCGAUCAGAAUGACCACAGGCCUGAAUUCACCCAGAAAGAGUUCAUCGGCACCAUCCCUGAGUUCUCAGUUCCAGGAACUUCAGUGAUGCAGGUUACAGCCGAAGAUUCGGACGAUCCACUGACGGAGAACGCAGCUCUGAGCUUCUCCAUCACCGCGCAAGAGAGUAUUCCUCCUCACAGCGUUAACAAGACCAUGUUCGGCAUUAACAACACGACUGGAGUCAUCUACAUACGAGAUGUGGGACUAGACAGAGAUGUGGUGCAGUCCUUCAGGCUUCAUCUGCAGGUCGCUGAUAUGUCAGGAAUGGGUCUAGCCUCCGCUGGUCGAGCCAUCAUUCACAUCGCUGACAUUAACAACCACGCUCCCAGAUUCCAGCCCACCGUGUACAACAUGAAUGCAAUGGAGAACAAGCAUCUGGCGGAGGUGGGCCGGAUCAACGCCACAGAUAAAGACCAGAGAGGGGGAGAUAACUGGAGGAUUAAGUACACCAUCGGAAAGGGAAAUACUUUCGGAAACUUUGCCAUCCGCACAGACCCAGUCUCCAACCAAGGCAUAAUUUCUGUGGUUAAGCCGCUGGAUUAUGAGUCUCAGGCAGAAUAUGAGCUGGUUGUAACAGCAGAGAAUGAAGUCCGGCUUAAAGCCCCAUACGAACAGACACACAGCGCUACGGUCACCGUCAGAGUCAUGAAUGAAAACGAGGCCCCGAUCUUCUACAAAAACCCCAUUAAAGUCACUGUCCCGGAGUCUGUUGCUCCCGGUACUGUGCUGGUCUCGGAUAUCGCUCAUGAUCCGGAUAGUGCCAAGCUGAGGUUUGAACUCCUCCAGGAUCCUGAGCGUUGGUUGGCUAUUGACCGUGAGACUGGGCAGAUCACAACCAGAACAACCUUCGACAUCAAAUCUCCUCGCGUCAGGAACAACAUUUACUCUGCCGUCGUGAAGGUCACGGAUCAGGACGCCGAUGGCAUCUCUGCGACCGCGACACUGGAGCUCAGUCUGUGGGAGACCAAUGAUUACCCACCGGUGCUGAAGCCCUCGAGCGGGCCGCUGUGCAGCGACUGGGACAGGGAUAAACUGGGCCUGAUGAUCAGUGCAGUGGACGAGGACAUGUCUCCUCAAGCGGACCCCUUCACCUUUCACAUUCCUGACCAAAGCGCAGCCGCAAAUUGGACCAUCAUAACUCUCAAUGAGACCCAUGCAGUUCUCCAGCCACUGAUAGACAUAGAGAGGGGGGAGUUCUCUAUUCCUGUGGCCGUAUCGGACUCGGGCUCGCCUUCACUCUCCUCUAGUGCGCUGGUCAACGUAACCGUGUGUCCCUGUGACAGUUUCGGGGACUGCAAGAGCUUCACCGCAGCCAUCUUUGGAGCCAAAAUGGGAAUAAGCUUCAUUGCCCUUAUGAUUAUUAUGGGAAGCGUUGCUUUUCUCUUGUUUCUGCUGGUUCUCGCAGUGGCGGUGAGGGGUUGCACGAGGCAGAACAUGGGCAAACGAGGAAGUUUGCUGGUCGGAGCGUCUGACGAUGACAUCCGAGACAAUGUCUUCCAUUAUGACGAGCAGGGAGGCGGAGAAGAGGAUGAGGAUGCAUUUAAUAUCGAUUUUCUGAGGAACCCAAGUGACACGGUCCCUGUCCCAGCCUCAUUUUUCCCACAAGACUGUGGCAUUCCCAGAGGAAAACAACCUCUAAGAAAAGAUGCCCCCCAUAACCUUCCUUCUCCUACAUAUCCACGCAAAGCCCCCGGAGACCCGACCGACAUCGAAGAUUUCAUCAAUGUUGGUCUGGACGCCGCCGACACGGACCCGAACGUCCCGCCGUACGACACAGCGCUGAUCUACGACUACGAGGGCGACGGCUCGGUCUCGGGAAGCCUCAGCUCCAUCGCCUCCAUGGGCUCAGAUGAAGACCAGGACUACGACUACCUCAACGACUGGGGGCCUCGCUUUAAAAAACUGGCUCACAUGUACGACCCACGUUAGACGCCGCACUGGUUCUGUUGUUCAAGACGUCCAGAUACUCUCAAACAUGCAUGUCCUUUAAAAUCUCAUGCCCCAUCUUCUAC